AUGCAAGCAAGACCAUACCAUAUAGUUUCCACGAGUUUUUCUUCACCAAGUAAAUUCCUUCGAUUUCAUCGGACUCCAUCGCCGGCUAGGAUUAAAAUACCCAGAGUCAUAUCCAUUUCCAUCCCGGAUACCACUGACCAUGCCUCAAGCAGUGUAUCCCUGGACAUUAUAGAUGACCCCGUGGCUGCCUUUUGGGACUACCAAUUCUUAUUCAUGUCACAAAGGUCAGAGACAACCGAGGCAGUAACACUUCGAGUCGUUGAUGGAGCAGUCCCAUCUGAUUUCCCAUCUGGCACGUAUUAUCUAACCGGUCCAGGGCUAUUUACAGAUGAUCAUGGUUCCACGGUGCACCCUUUGGAUGGCCAUGGAUACCUCAGAGCAUUUAGUAUUGAUGGAGUCGACAAAGAGGUCAAGUUCAUGGCUAGGUAUGUAAGAACAGAGGCUCAAGUCGAGGAACACGAUCCAGAGACUAACACGUGGCGGUUUACACAUCGUGGUCCGUUUUCUGUGUUAAAAGGAGGCAAGAGACUUGGUAAUACCAAGGUGAUGAAGAAUGUGGCAAAUACCAGUGUGUUGAGGUGGGGUGGUAAGCUAUUGUGUUUGUGGGAAGGUGGGGAUCCUUAUGAGAUUGAACUAGGGACGUUGGAUACUACUGGAAGAUUUGAUAUGAUCAACGGACGUGAUUCAUCGAUGGAUAAUAGAAGUAAUGAUCGUGAUACAAGGGAUAUAGCAGCUGGAUUAUUAAAGCCAAUCUUACACGGAGUGUUUAAAAUGCCACCAAAGAGAUUGUUGUCCCAUUAUAAACUCGAUGCUAAAAGGAACAGACUGAUUACUGCUUCAUGCAAUGCCGAGGACAUGCUACUGCCCCGCAGUAAUUUUACUUUUUAUGGUAAAUAA